AGUUUCCCGCAUUCAGCACUACUAAUAAUGGCGGCUUCUUCGGGAUACACAUGUAAGAUAGGCCCGUCUAUUCUUAAUUCUGAUCUCUCAUCUUUAUCCGAAGAAUGUCAACGAAUGAUGAAUUGCGGUGCAGAUUACUUGCACCUGGAUGUGAUGGAUGGCCACUUCGUACCGAACUUAACUUUUGGACAUCCCGUUGUCAAGUGUUUACGACCGAAAGUUCCCAAUGCAUUCUUUGACAUGCACAUGAUGGUUGCCAACCCCGAAAGGUGGGUAGAAGGUAUGGCAGAUGCAGGUGCAAAUCAAUAUACCUUCCAUAUAGAGGCCACUGACAAUCCUGAGGACUGUGUGCGCAAGAUCAAAGAAUCAGGAAUGAAAGCUGGAAUAGGUAUGAAACCAAAUACACCUAUAGAAACAGUGCUUCCUUAUGUACAUAUGGUUGAUAUGGUCCUUGUAAUGACAGUGGAACCUGGCUUUGGUGGGCAGUCAUUUAUGAAAGAGCAAAUGUCAAAAGUGCGGUUACUUAGAGAGAAAUUCCGUGAGUUAGACAUUGAGGUUGAUGGCGGCGUUGGAACUUCUACUAUUAAAGACUGUGCUGAUGCUGGUGCCAACAUGAUCGUCUCAGGCAGUGCCAUCAUCAAUAGUGACAAUCCACGUCAAACUAUUAACUUCUUACGAAUGACAGUGGAAGAAGCUAUUCAGAAGAGUCAACUAGAACGAUAAAGGAUACAACAAUCAUGCUACUUGAAGUGUUACCAUUCCACAUGCUUUUAGGACAUUGAUCAUACAUCUACCUAACUUGCUACGAGAUUUCCCACUAAACUGUCUUUUCCAUUGUGUGUACAACUUUAUCAUGUCGGUUGUCAUGUUAGUGACAUUGUUAGCUGUCACCUUCAUACAUCCUUGAUUUUAUGUGAUUUAUUGAUGUCUUGUUUUCCUACAAACAUGCUCAAGCUACUGGUUGGUCUAUAAAUGUUGGUCAAUUUGGAGACUGAUUUCAGAUUAAUAAAUUCCAUUGCUUAGCUUUA